AUGGCCGCGGUUCCGGUUUCGGUAGGAGGCCCACCUCUCACCCGGCAAAGAGCUCAACGGGAGCUGUCUGUCGCAGCACCCGACUCCACUAUCAAGACCCUGCCCUUACGAGCCGCUGGACCUCCGGAUGUGGAUGGCAACCAGCCCCAUAUUUAUUGGCCUUUCGCAACUAGCGACCUCUAUAACUGGAAGGCACAGAACCCUAAGUUCUCCGAAAAACCGGGGAGACUUAUUGACUUGCUAGAUUCUGUUCUUUUCACCCAUCAGCCCACAUGGGACGACUGUCAGCAGCUUUUACAGGUUCUGUUCAUGACGGAAGAGAGAGAAAGGAUCCUCAAUGAGGCCCGAAAGAUGGUUCCCGGUGUAGACGGAAAUCCGACCACGAACCAGGCCCAGAUAGAUGUCUCUUUUCCCUUAACUAGGCCUGAAUGGGAUUUCAACACGGCAGAAGGUAAGGAGAAGCUCUUGGUCUACCGUCAGACUCUAAUGGGAGGUCUCCGCAGGGCUGCUAGAAAGCCCACCAAUUUGACCAAGGUAGGGAACGUACAGCAGGAAAGAGAUGAGUCUCCAGCUGCCUUUCUAGAACGGAUCAUGGAGGCAUAUCGCACCUAUACCCCCAUGGAUCCAGAAGCCCCUGAGAAUAAGGCAGCUGUAAUCAUGAGUUUUAUAAACCAGUCAGCCAUGGACAUUAGAAAGAAACUACAGAGAAUAGAUAGAUUAGGAGAAAAGAGUUUACAGGAUUUACUGGUAGUAGCAGAGAAGGUGUUCAAUAACCGAGAGCCCCCUGAGGAUAGGCAAGCCCGCGCCAUGGUGGCUGCCAGUGACAAGCAGACUCGAAACCUGGCCAAGAUUCUGCUAGCCACCACCAUGGAGUCCCCUGGGGAGCGGACCCGCCACCUUCGCCAGCUUGCUGAUGGCCAAGAAAGAGGUAAGAGAACUGCUCGGGACGGGAAAAGGAAGCUGCAACAGAACCAGUGUGCUUACUGCAAAGAGAUAGGGCACUGGGUCCGAGAAUGCCCAAAGAAGGCCGGUAAAAAGGGGAACAAGACAGACCGGGUGGAGGUCUUGGAGCUGGAAGGACUGAGUGAUUAGGGAAGUCGGGGUUCGGAUCCCCUCCCCGAGCCCAGGGUAACUCUUAAAGUGGAGGGGACGCCUGUUGACUUCCUUGUCGACAUUGGAGCACAACAUUCGGUUCUCCGUACACCUCAGGGGAAGCUAGCCAGCAAAAAGUCCUGGGUGCAAGGGGCAACUGGCAUGAGCCAGUAUUCAUGGACUACCAGAAGAACAGUAGAUCUAGGAACGGGCCGGGUAUCCCAUUCCUUCAUGGUAAUACCGGAGUGCCCCUACCCCCUAUUAGGACGGGACUUGCUGACCAAGAUUGGAGCCCAAAUAACCUUCAGACAAGGGGGGCCUCAGGUCACCGAUGGCGAAGGCCACCCCAUCCAGGUUCUGACUCUGAGACUGGAGGCUGAAUAUCGCCUCCACCAGGGGGCGCCCCCAGUAGAGAACGAUAUGGACAGGUGGCUGCGAGAAUUCCCCACCGCCUGGGCAGAGACGGGGGGAGUAGGGCUGGCCGCCCACAGGGCCCCAACGCUGGUAGAACUAAAACCAGAAGAAGGCCCGAUGAGAGUCAAACAGUACCCUAUGUCCCAGGAGGCUCGGAAGGGAAUCCAGCCUCACAUCCGGAGACUGCGAAGCCUAGGGGUACUGGUUCCAUGCCAAUCUGCCUGGAACACCCCCAUCCUGCCAGUCAGAAAGCCCCAUACGAAUGACUAUCGGCCAGUUCAGGACCUCCGGGAAGUAAAUAAAAGAGUCCUGGAUAUACACCCAACCGUUCCUAACCCAUACACUCUCCUAAGCUCUCUGGCACCCUCUAGAAUCUGGUAUACUGUAUUAGACUUGAAGGAUGCCUUUUUCCUUCAAAGCCAACCCCUGUUUGCCUUCGAAUGGCACGACCCCGAGGAAGGUUACAGUGGACAAUUAACCUGGACGCGAUUGCCCCAAGGAUUCAAGAAUUCGCCCACCAUCUUCGACGAGGCACUGCAUGAAGACCUCGGUGAGUACAGGAGGGAACACCCCAAUCUCACCCUUCUUCAAUACGUAGAUGACAUCCUGAUUGCUGCCGAUACCGCCAAAGAUUGUGAGCAAGGGACCAAAGAUCUGCUGGCCACCUUAGGAACCUUAGGGUACCGGGCCUCGGCGAAGAAGGCUCAGAUAUGCCAAAAGAGGGUGAGUUACCUGGGAUACAUACUGGAGGGCGGACAGCGGCGGUUGUCAGAUGCUAGAAAAGAGACAGUCUUGAAAAUCCCUGCUCCCACCUCCCGGAGGGAGGUGAGGGAAUUCCUAGGAUCGGCUGGCUAUUGCCGCCUCUGGAUACCAAGUUUUGCUGAGAUCGCCAGGCCCCUAUACGAAGCCACCAAGGAGGGGAAGGCCUUUAAAUGGACUGAGACAGAAGAAAUUGCCUUUAAUCAGAUAAAGAAAGCUCUUUUGGCUGCUCCAGCCCUGGGCCUACCAGACAUUACAAAACCCUUUAGCCUCUUUGUAGACGAGCGCAAAGGAGUAGCAAAAGGAGUUUUAACCCAGGCUUUAGGCCCCUGGAGUCGGCCACCAUGCCUAAGAAUCAUUGUGGCAACCGCGCUCUUAGUCAAGGAUGCUGACAAACUGACCCUGGGACAGGAGAUCUGGAUCACAACCCCGCAUGCCAUUGAAGGGGUCCUAAAACAACCUCCCGAUAGGUGGAUGAGCAAUGCUCGCAUGACCCACUAUCAAAGCUUGCUGCUCAACCCCCCUAGAGUACGGUUCCAUCCCAGUGCGGCCCUCAACCCUGCUACUGACCCUGACCUAGAUGCCCCACUACAUGACUGUGCUGGAAUCCUGGAGCAGGUACAUGGACUUCGGAAGGACUUGACCGAUCGGCCCCUCCCGGAUGCAGAGGCCACCUGGUUCACGGAUGGAAGCAGCUUCGUGCAGAACGGGUGCAGGUACGCGGGUGCAGCGGUGGUCACAGACACGAACACCGUGUGGGCGGAGGCUCUGCCCCCUGGGACAUCAGCUCAGAGAGCAGAACUCAUUGCACUCACCAAGGCACUGACACUGGGGGCCGGAAAACGGCUUAAUGUUUACACAGACAGCCGUUAUGCAUUUGCUACAGCUCAUGUUCACGGGGCAAUCUACCAGGAAAGAGGGCUAUUGACAGCAGAGGGAUGGACAAUAAAAAAUAAGCAGGAAAUUCUCGACCUGCUCGCGGCCUUAUGGCUUCCUGCCAAGUUAGCCGUAAUCCACUGCCAGGGACACCAAAAAGCUGAUGACCCGGUAGCGAAAGGCAACCAAAAGGCUGACCAGGCUGCAAAGGCAGUAGCCCUUACCUCGGUCCCUACCAUGGCCUUACAACUACCAGACCCAGGGGACCCAGUCUUACCAGACCAGCCCAAGUACUCCCAGGAAGAGUUGCAACGUAUCAGAAAGCUCCCCAGAGCCCAGGAAAUAAAGGGAUGGUGGCAUACACCAGAAGGAGAACUUAUACUGCCGGACUGGCUCGGGGACACGAUGUUAAAACAUAUGCACCAAUCCACUCACCUGGGAACCCGGAAAAUGAAGGACUUAAUCCAACAUGCCAGGAUCAAAAUUCACCAGCAGAAUACCAAGAUAGAUCAGGUUGUGUCUGCCUGCAAGACCUGCCAACUUACAAACGCAAGGGUCGGAUCAAAUGAAAGAGGGACCAGGCUCAGAGGCACCAAGCCGGGAGCACAAUGGGAGGUUGAUUUCACUGAAAUUAAACCAGGGAAGUAUGGUUAUAAAUAUCUUUUAGUGUUCAUAGACACUUUCUCUGGCUGGGUAGAGGCAUACCCAACCAAGCACGAAACAGCUCAGACGGUGGCCAAGACUGCUGGAAGACAUCUUACCCAGGUAUGGUUUUCCUGCUAUGAUAGGAUCCGACAACGGGCCAGCCUUUAUUUCACAGGUAACGCAGGUAGUAACUAGGGCUAUUGGGGCAAAUUGGAAAUUACAUUGUGCUUAUAGACCCCAGAGUUCAGGUCAGGUAGAAAGAAUGAACAGAACUCUAAAAGAGACCCUUACCAAAUUAACCAUGGAGACUGGCGGAGACUGGGUGGCUCUCCUUCCAUAUGCCCUUUACCGGGUGAGGAACUCCCCUUACACCCUGGGUUUUACUCCCUAUGAGAUCAUGUUUGGCAGGCCACCCCCUAUCAUUCCUAACGUUAAAGCUGACUUACUUGCUGAAUUUGAAAAUCAAGAACUAUCUCUUUCCUUAAGAGGGCUCCAGAGGGCACACGAGGACAUUUGGCCGCGCCUCCGCGCCAUCUAUGAGACCAGCCCAACCCCAACUCCUCAUCAACACAGACCAGGAGAUUGGGUCUACGUCAGAAGGCAUCAUCGAGAAACCCUUGAACCACGUUGGAAGGGUCCUUACACUGUGGUGCUGACAACCCCCACUGCUCUCAAGGUAGACGGCGUCGCGACCUGGGUUCAUCACACUCAUGUCUGGUCAGCGGACCCCUCCACGAUCCGGAAAGACUUCAUCACCAAAUGGAGCGUCGAUCGAGAUCAACGCAACCCGCUCAAGCUCAAGCUACGGCGUGCUCGACCUGCGUGAUGCUGGUAACAUUAAAUAGAUUUAGAUAAUGCCUGCACCUUCAUGGACACGGCUCCAAAAUGACAAGGACAAUUCAUAGGAAGAUCAGAAAUAGACUUUAGUAUCACAUGUCUAGUAUCAUGUUUUAUUGUACUGAUAUGUUAUAUUGACCUUUAAUUCUCUUGCAGGCUUGAGUGUGUGUUGGCUGUCCUGGAAGGGAACUGUGGGCGGUGACCCCCAAAAGUAAAAGAUGCUCAUCAGGUUUUGGGUCUCUGUUAAAAGACAGUUGACAGUUG